ACCAUGGUUGGCCGAACACCCAGCUUCGUGUUUGCUCAAAUACUUGGCUCCAUAGAAAAUAAAUAGUGUACUUUAUCCACUGUACUGUUAUAUCACUACAGGAUCACAUACAAAGACCCUGUUGUAUACCAUGACCCAGCUCUAAGACUCGGUCAGUUUGGUGUGUGGUUUGAAGGGCAGUCUAUGAAAGCAGUUUGUUUGGAAGGAGUACCUUAAAAAGGUCACAAUGACGUCCAAAGACAAGGCUGAUCUCCAAGCGGAGGUGGUUCGUCGUGUUUUCAUCGCCGGUAUUUUCUUGGUCGCUAUGACCUACAUCUUGUGGCAAUAUGACCUCUUUGAUGUGACCUUUGACCCAACCUUGACCAAUCGACUAGCCUUCACUCUCAGAUGGCUGGUGCUUUCUCUCUUACCAACUGUGGUUGGUGUUCAACUCGUUGGCAAUAUUCGUUAUACCAACAUGGACACAGCGGGCGUUCAAACGACCUCAAAACACGCUGAGGAGUUAGUUCGUUUAAACCAACGAGCCCUCCAGAAUACCCUGGAGCAGACGUCAGUCCACGUUGCCGUCACGCUCGUCCUGAGCACCCAUCUGGAUCCCAGUCACCUCAAGAUCAUACCAAUACUCAUCUGCAUGUUUGUAACUGCCAGGGCGAUAUUUUACAUCGGGUACCUGACUGUAGGAGACCAUUUCGGUCGAGCGUUUGGUUAUGCGUUGACGAUGUGGGUGAACAUGUCAUCUCUUAUGUAUUGCACGUACUGUUUGGUUGUAUACGGAGCAAGUUAUGGGUUGACUGUUGAAUGAUCUAUACAGUAUUUAAAGGCAUUGUACACUAUUGGUAAUUACUCAAUGUGAUGUUUUUUUAGGGGAUCUCUCAUAUAAAAUAAAACUAAACAAUUCUGAUGCCAACAAGGCAAGAAAAUGAUUCACACAAAUUUUCUGCUCAUUCGCUCUUUUUAAGAAGCAUGCACU